ACGAACACGAUUCAGUAUUAUUCGAAAAUUUGAACGAAACGGCUCGAAUUUAGUUGGGUUUCGGUAUUGAUAGUGAACAAGAUUAAAAUGUGCCAAAUGUGAAUUAUUUUAUGAUUCAGUAAAAAGUUUAUUGUGUGUAAAGUGUUUUAGUAGUUGUGUUAUCAUCAAAGUUUUAUCUCGAAUGGUUGUGAUUCAUAAUUUAGCCGGCAUAUUUGCAUAAGCGUAACCCGAUAAAAACUCUUUGUUAUUGAAUAUUUAAGAUUAUAAACAAUACUGCACAAUGGAAGUGAAGGCUGCUGGAUAUUCUAGAUUAGUUGAAAUGAAGGCUGUGUUUCAACAAAGGCAAUCUGCAGCGAGAGAACAGCGCCUUUUACAAGAAACUCAAAAUUUGGAUGGUUUGUCCAGAACAAUGGUCCAGGAGAGACGCAGCGCUGGUUCGUUAUCAAAUGGUGCUUCCCUGCCUGGGACCAUAACUGCCGGAAAGGUCCGACAAAUGUUCGACGAACGAAGAAGAGUUGCUACUGGAAUAGAUAAAAGUUUUCCAUUACAACCUCUAAAGACUAGACCGGCUCCACCUGCAAAAGCAGAAUAUGCAUAUAAGCUACCACAAAAAUCUACAAGUUCUACUCGGCUGCGAACACAGCAACAAACUACAAAUCCAAUUACCAGUAAAACAUCUACGAAGGUUUUGAGGCAGGCAAUUGCAACAAACGGUUAUGCCGACAGAAGAAACGGAUACAAUGCUAAACUCAACAAAAGCUACGAUGAACUAGCGAACGAAAUCGAUUAUAAUCAACCGAAUAAUAUCCGUCCAGAUUUCGAACUUAGUAAUUUAUUGAAUGCUAAUCACAUUGAAGACUCUGGAACAUUGGAUGACAUAGAAUUUCCAGACACCAGCUUAGAAUUUGAAGAUAUGGCCGAUUAUACAACUUCAACCAGGAGAAACUCAGGUUCAAAGCUUGAAACAAAACCUGUAGUUUUGUCUCAUGUUAAGACAAGCAAUAGCAGACUGCCACCUAAAUUUUCUUCAAAUGGUGGAGGUGACGUAAAUCGGAAAACUAUUCCAGAUAGGACCAGAAGUAUUACCAAGCCACAAAUACAAAAUAGUGUUGUCAAGAAAACCAUUCCUAAAUCACCUGCCAAAGAAAAUAGAACUGUCAAAUCUCCUGCUCAAUCGCCCCUUAAGGUGCCGAAAUCUCCUUGUCCAAAGGCUGCGACGUCAACGAGUUCCCGGCCAGCUCCUUCUGAAGCUGUAGCAAGUGCCUUAGCCAGCGGCGAACUAGUCAAUUGUUCAAUUUGCGGAAGAAAUUUUGCCAAUGAUCGUAUACAGAAACAUCGAGAAAUCUGCCAAAAAACUGCACAGAAGAAGCGCAAAGUGUAUGAUGCACUAAAACACCGAGUUCAGGGCACUGAUGCCGAACAAUUCGUCCGAAUACGCGCUCGUAAAAAUCCAUCAGGAACUUCGCAAAUUCCAAAACGUCCGCCACUGCAAACAAAUUGGCGCAAGAAGCACGAAGAUUUCAUAAACGCUAUCAGGGCUGCGAAAGAAGUCCAACAACAUUUGAAAUCUGGUGGAAAAUUAUCAGAUUUGCCACCACCUCCUCCAAGCGAAAAUCCCGACUAUGUCCAGUGUCCACAUUGUGGACGCAGAUUUAACCAGGCUGCUGCAGAAAGGCACAUCCCAAAAUGUGCCACUAUGGAACACAAUAAACCUAAAAAGAAUGUGCCAGCUAACAGUAGAGGAGGAGCUGGAGCAGCUGCAAAGGGAUUUAGAAAAAAUUG